UCGAAGCGGCCGACGCGCACAUCGUUGGAUCAGUUGGCCGGUCGCCAUGGGAGCGGAGCCGGCUGGUCUCGUCGGCCUCGCCGCCGUCCUCGUGCCGUUCCCGGCGCAGGGCCAUGUCACCCCGAUGCUGCAGCUUGCGCGCGCCCUCUCCGCGCGCGGCGUCGCGGCCACCGUCGCCGUGCCCGACUUCGUCCACCGCCGCAUGGGAGGCCAGCAAGCCUGCAACGCCGAUGCCGAUGCCGGCACCGGCGUGGCGCUCGUGUCCAUCCCUAGCGGCGUCGUCCCCGCGGACGACGAUGCCCCAUCUUUCGCCAGCAUCGUGCGCGCCAUGGAGCACCACAUGCCGGCGCACCUGGAACAGAUGCUGCUAACGCGGGCACGCGCCGGGCGGGCCGCCGGCCUUGUCGUCGUCAUCGACGUCCUUGCGUCGUGGGCAAUCCCCGUGGCCACCCGGUGCGGCGUGCCGGCUGUGGGGUUCUGGCCCGCGAUGCUGGCGACCUUCCGCGUCGUGUCGGCCAUCCCGGAGCUUCUUAGCAAGGGGCUCAUCUCAGAUUCCGGCAUUCCCAUUCUGACGGAAAAAUUCAAAGAAGAUGAAGCAAACGCAGACCUCCAGAUCGCAAACAACCUUCAGAUAUUACCUGAAGCCCUACAGCUGGGCACCAAAGAGAUGCUACCAUGGCUCGUCGGCUGCGCAGCAACGCAGGAAGCAAGAUUCGCCUUCUGGCUGCAGAUCUUACAGCGGGCAAAGAGCCUCCGCUGCAUCCUCGUCAACUCCUUCCACGGCGAAGCCCCCGGGCUGCAGGACUCCAAGCCUCACCACGCAUCACAAGGCAUGCAAAUUCUCCAGAUCGGCCCGCUGCUAAGCGAUGGACUCGACAGUCUGAAAGGCCACCCGCAGAAGUUGCCUGCAACGAAGAACCCUAGCAUGUGGCAGGCAGACGGGUCCUGCAUGGACUGGCUUGACCAGCAACGUCCAGGGUCGGUGAUCUACGUCUCGUUCGGGACCUGGGUGGCGCCGAUCGGGAGAGACGAGAUCAACGAGCUGGCCCUGGGCCUGCAGGCCACGGGCCGGCCGUUCCUUUGGGUUCUGAAGAACGACCCGUCGUGGCGAGCGGGCCUUCCAGCGGGGUACCUCGAGACGGUCGUGGGCCGUGGCAAGAUCGUGGCCUGGGCGCCCCAGGGAGGCGUCCUUGGGCACGAGGCCGUCGGGUGCUACCUCACGCACUGCGGCUGGAACUCCACGCUCGAGGCGAUUCAGAACGGGGUCCGCCUCCUCUGCUACCCUGUGUCCGGCGACCAGUUCAUCAACUCCGCCUUCGUUGUUAAGAUGUGGGAGAUAGGGAUCAGGCUCCCUAGCAAUGGACAGGGUGAUGUGAGGGACUGUAUCGAGAGGAUCAUGGAAGGAGAAGAUGGGAAGCGGUUGCGGGGGAAGGUGAAUGGGCUGAGGGAGAGGGUUAUGGUGGGUGAGGCAAGAUCUGUGGCGAAGAGGAACCUCGACGCAUUUGUCCGUGGAAUUAAGCGAGAUGGCGUUAGCGCAUCUAGAGACCUAGGUCUAUGGUAUCCUUAACAUGAUUUCUCGGAGGAACAAAGGUUUCAUAGAUCUAGAUGAAAUUUAUCUAAAAAUGUACGUAUUGUCGCCACCUGAUUUCUAUAGGAGGAAUCACCAUAACAUUGUUUGGUGUAAGGGCAAUCUUUGUGAGUUAAUUUCAAGGAAAUAAUUUUUGGUUGUGUGUUGCA